UAACUUCAUGUAUAGGGAAAAGAAAAAGUUUUUAAACAUUGGGAUAGUACAUUAGUACAAGGCAAUGAAAAAAGGGUUUUAGUGUUAACUGGUCACUUUCCAAUGAACAGGGGAAUGAGAAUAACAGCGAUGGCGAAAGCUUGAAGAAACUGAAACAGCAAGCCGGUAAUGAAGAAGAAGCAGAAGAAGAGAAGGAACAAUGCAGCCCUGUCUCAGUUCUGGACCCACUCUUCGCCGACGACGAUGAAGACGACUACUGCGAUGACGAUCAAACCCAGGACGACGGUUUCGAUAUGGAGUGCAGUUUUGCGUUUGUACAGAGUAAGUAAUAUUCUCUUUUGCUACCCUGUUCUUAUUAUGAUCAAAUUUUAUUAGUCGUUUUAUUAUUAUUCAUUUCUGUCCUUUUUGUUGGUUGGUUUGUCUGGUCUUUAUCAUCCUCACUAUUCCAUCGUACGAAAACUAACACACAAUUUUGAUUUCUAAGUUAUCAUACCAUAGAAUUAUUGAUGGUGUCACAUAGAUUUUAGUACUUUCUGGGUAAAAUCUUUUGUGGGUUCCAUUCCUGAGAUUUUUAGUAUAUUCUUAAUCUACAUGAACCAUGUAUCUUAAGCGGUUUAUGGCAUCAUCUUCUAUGAUGUUUCAUUUGGUUAUCAUAUGCGCGUAAGGUGGACAUUUGUGAUCGGUUUCUCAUCAAAUUUGAUUUCUUUCUUUGAAAAUUUUGGAUGGGAAGUGGAACCCAUAGUAGUUAAUGAGCCUUAACCAUGAAAUCUUAUCUUUUGGAUCUCCACACCCCACAUAUUUGCUUCUUCUGUGAUAAACCUUCAAUCAAUUCUCCUCCCUACUUGUGUACUUGUUUGUUCAUUAUACUUUGUUAGCAGGUUGUUUAUUUGGUGGGGAAACAAUAAAUCCUUCAAUUGGUACCUAAAUAAAUGCUGCUGCUCCUUUUACUAUCUUUAGCAACUGGAAUUUGCUUGUACUUGGGUCUGCUGCAAUACUACAGUCUAGGCUUAAUUGAGUAAGAAAAGUAAUUUUCAUGGUAGUUGAUGGAGAGGUUGAAAAUUUUCAGGGGGUGAAAUGAAUUGACAGGUUUCAUUGUUUUGAUGAUUAUGGGUUUCUGUUUGGCCAAUCAGAAUGCCCUGCUCACACCUUGCUAAACUUGGUAAAAAAGUAAUUAGUAGCAAUAAAUUCCAUAUGCUCCCUGAAAUUCUGCAUUCAGAAAAUUCAAGCCCCUUUCCCUUUUCAGCCAGCACUUUCAUUUUCCUUACAUCCUAGUCAAACUUCAACAUCAAGUAACCUAAUAACUCCUCCUCUUCACCUGUUCCUCCCAGGAGCAAAGCACCAGCUGCUACAGAAGCUCCGAAGAUUCGAGAGGCUUGCAGAGCUCGACCCCAUCGAGCUCGAGAAGCUAAUGCUCGAGCAUGAUGACGAAGAAGAAGAGGAGGAAACAGAGGAAAUAGAAGAAGGGGAAGAUGAAAAGAGCCAGUUUGUGAUAGACGAGCUUAGCAGGUCGAGCUUCCAAUGCAUCCCUCGAGACAUGAAGAGGUUGGUAUCCGACCUCAUCGACGAGGAGGAGCGAGGAUCAAUUCGUAACAACAAUGUCUCGGGUGCAAGUGAAGAUGCUGCGGCGAGAAGGGUGUGCAAGAGGUUCGAGUCGUGGAAGGACGUGGAGUCCAACACCAUAGAGAUGAUGGUGGAGCAAGAUUUCGUUCGUUCAGAAGGCGAAUGGAGAGGGAAUCGAGAUGAGGUCUCGGAUGCAGCGAUCGAGAUUGAAGUUGCCAUCUUUGGGUUGCUAGCUGAGGAACUAGCAGAGGAGUUACUGCUACUGACACAAGGUGGUGGUCCGUUGAUGGUAUGAACAAUGGAUACAAGAGGAUGGAGGGAAAGGGAAUUGAAUUUUGGCUCCACUUGUUUCUUUCAUUUGUUAGUAUUAGUUUAUUACAUCUUUUAGAGUAAAUUAGUACAGUCUAACAAUGGGGUAAUGGAGAAGGUAUAGGCUAAUGAGAAACAGAGGAUCCUCAGGCCAUAGCAGGGGUAAAAGGAUCCUAGCUUUAGCAAAUGAUCAGUUAGUAGCUAUCUAUCUGGUUUUCUAUAUGUAAAUGAAUUAUGUAUGAAGAUCUGGGAGAGAGAUGUAUCAUUUGCUCAAUGAGACAUAAAAAUGCACAUCUCCUUGCUCUUCCAAUCUCAAAUUCGUCUAUUUCUCUAUUGUAAUUGUUCAUCUGACCGUUUAAUUGUUGUGCGAUAUCUCGAUUGACAACCUAAUUAUGCCCGAAAUAUGAGUUAGCAUGGCAAAAAUGGUGGGCAAAGGAGCGCCGAAAGCAUGAUUAAGGUAAUUAGGUGGAAAAGUGUGUUUACAUGAGAAGUAGUUUAUUAGUAGUUGGUACAUGCUUGGGAGCGUGGGUGUUUGAAACUGGUUCUUAUUAUUUGUUCAUCUUAUGAUAAUUAUUAAAAAAUAUUAGUUUAGGUU